AUGUCUUCCCAGCACGAGCGCACAGCCCAGUUGCCGGCCAAGCCCCACGGCCUCACUGUGACCCAAGAUCUCCCUCACCAGACGCAGAUCGAUGAGGGAGGAAAAGCUACGCAAUGCGACAUCCUCAUCAUCGGUGGUGGUGCCGCUGGACUAGCCGCCGCAGCAGCUGCCGACCAUGUGGGCGGCACCACCUUCCGAUCCGGCGGCACCAUCUGGAUGCCAAACAACUUCCUUCUGCGGAAGCAUGGCAUUGAGGAUAGCAAAGCACUCGGGGCGCGGUACAUCAACGCUGUCACACAAGCGAUACCGACGCCUUCUCGUCGACACGCAGCCGAUGCCCCUUUGCGCAGCAGGCGCGUCGACGCGUUUUUAACGCAAGGUCCUGAAAUGAUCAAUUUCUUUCGAGAUCAAGGGUUUCGAUGGAUGAGCACGCCUUCCAAGUUUCCAGACUACCAUCCAAACGCCGAUGGCGCUGUUGAGCAAGGCCGCACCCUCGACCCUGCCGUCUUCGAUGCAGCUUGCCUAGGCCCGUACUUGAAGUACCUGCCCGCCCCAGAUGGAGCGCCUGUGGUUGCUCGGUUUGAGGAUUUCCGGAUCCUGACACGGCCCCACGCCUCGGCGCACUGUACAGAUCUUUCGCCCGUGCCAAAGGGAAUGUCAAGGCCCAUGUCGAUGGGUCGAUCGGUCGUCGCACAGCUUCUCAAGAUAUGCAUGGAUCGCGGCAAUGUGGAGAUCUGGACCAGGGCAUGCGGCAUUUUGUAUUUCGGAAAGCAGACCAGGAAGGAAUGGAGCCUCAGCUCAGAUGGCGACACAGGCAUCGCGUUGCAAGUUGGCCAGAACGUUGGCGCCGACAGCAGACAGCUUGACGAGGUCUGGGGUAUUCCCACGAUGAAUGAUCCCAGAACUGGACAGGUGACGGAAGCUAUGUUCGCCAUCUCCAAGCCCUUCUCUGUCGUCGUGGAUGACACGGGCCACCGUUUCUUCGCCGAGUCUCAGCCCUACGGUGACGCAGUCAGGUCCAUGUAUGCAAGGGUAGGAGCGGGAGCAGACGCUAGAAAGGCGCGUUUCUGGCUCAUUGUCGACCGGACAUACAGUCGCAGAUACACGAUCGGUAGUCUCAAACCGACCAUGCGUAUCAGCGAGGCUGUUGACCGAGGUCUGAUCUUAACCUCCAGCACCAUCAGCGACUUGGAGAAACAGAUGGAUAUCCAAGACGGCGCACUUCAAGCAACGCUUUACAGAUGGAACGCGAUGUGCGUUUCCGGUAAAGACGAGGAUUAUGGCCGGGGCGAAGACAGGUACCAGCAGUUCAUCGGAGACCCGGGUGUGGGGCCAAAUCCCUGCAUGGGGCCUGUCAAAACGAGCCCGUUUUAUGCCAUUGAGAUCUUCCCUGGCGAUGCUGGUACAAGGGGAGGUCUCCGAAGCGAUGAGUUUGCAAGAGCGCUGAGGAAGGAUGGCGAUGUGAUCCGCCGGCUAUAUGUUGCGGGAAAUGCAUCAGCCGCGACACUUGGGUCCCAUGGCGCAGGGACAACAAUCUGCCCUGCGAUGACGGAUGGCUUCAUUGCUGUGAGACACAUACAGGCACUGGAUAACGGUAGCAGUGGAGGUGAUCUACAAUGCUAA